AUGAAAUUGGUUGAUAUUGUAUUCGUGCUGACUGCGGCAGCAACCACUAAUGCAAUACUGAUCCCGACUGAUAACGAUGACUCACCCCAAGCAUCAGGCACUUCAAGCCAAAUGUCUGGUCCGACUGAUGAACCUAAUCCAAAUACUUCCAACCAAGACUGGCAAAAAGUAAUGGAUGAAAUUAAUUCAAGCAUUCUUGACAAAGACUGGCAAAGCAUAUUUGAUCCGAUUGAUUCAGACCAAGAUUGGCAAAAUACAGUAGAUCAACCCAGUUCAAGUACUUCCAGCCAAGUUUCUGACCCAAUUGAUAAACCCGAUUCAAAUACUUCCGACCAAGACCAGCAUCAACCAAUUGAUCAACCCAGUCCGAGCACUUCCAAACGAGGUCGAAAACGGCCGAUUGAUGAACACGGUUCAAGCAUUUCCAAACAAAGUCGGAGACAAUCAACUGAUGAACACAAUACAGGAAUUCCCGACAAAAACCAGCAAUACUCAACAGAUAAAGUCGAUUCGGAUACUUUUGAAGAAUGGCAUAAACUGUUUGAUAUAGCUGAUCCAAGUACUUUCAGUCAAGACCAACAGCAUUCAAUGGAUCAAUCCGAUUUAAACACUUCUGAUAAAUAUUGGAAAUUCAUAAUGAAUGAAAUCAGUGUAAGCACUCCUGAAGACUGGCAAGAAAUAAUUGAUGCAGUCAGUUCAAAAAAUUCCAAUCAAGACCAACAGCAAUCAAUUGAUGUAGUUGAUCCAAGUACUUCCAAACGAGGUCGGAAACGGCCAAUUGAUGAAAUCAGUCCAAGUAUUUCCAAUCAAAACCAACAACAACCAAUGGACGAAGAUGAGCCUGCUAAUACUGGGUCGAAUCAAAUAGCUGGAUUAAGCGAAAGAUAUCAGAGAACCUUUGAUCGUAUAAAGAAAAGACUUGAAGCAUCUAAAGAGAUACGAGAGAAAAAACGUAAAGAAUAUUAUGAAUCUAUGACUCUUGGAUUCAAACAAUGGUCAGUGCUAGAAAUGGGCAAAGAUAUACAUGGAUCCAAGUAUAACCCAGAGGAUGAAAUUCAAUUGAAACAAGAGUAUGAAAAGGCAAAAAUAAGAGUACACAGUGUUAGAAAACAAUUGAAAAGGUUUAUGAAAAAGCAUGAGUUGAGAUUCGAAGAACCGAAAUCAGAUUCAGAUUGA